UGCCAGUAGCAAUGCGGUACGACAUUUGGACAGUCUGCACCAGCCUGUGUCGUCAGCGCUCAGUGAAAAAUGGCCGCCAUGGCCCCAAGUCCUGGGAGAGAAGUUGACAGAUACGGUGUAGUUUUAUUGGUAUUAUGUCUUCUAGCGCUCUGUCAAGAAGCUUGGGGUCUCGUGUGCUACUGUGAACUGAGUUGCCCGGAUCAGUCUUUCAAUGGCACCUGUGUAGCAAAGCCAGACUCCUUCUGCUUCAGUUCCAUAAUCAAAGAGUAUGACAUAGAGACAAAGGAAUGGAGAGAACUGAGGACCUUUGGCUGCCUGGGCUCUGGCGAACUGGGCUACAUGCAGUGUCAGGCAUACCUUGUGAAGCACCAACUGCCAAAGAACAUCUCCUGCUGCAACGACUACGACAGGUGCAAUGAGAUGUUGCGGCCAAGCCUUAGCCCAGAGCAAAUCCCAACUGUGCACUCCUCUAGAAGCUUUUUGGAGAGCAUAUUGCUAGUCACGCUGCCACUUGCCUUCGUGCUGGUACUGGCUCUCAUCAUGACUGUCUGGUUCAGGUAUCGACAGAAGGAAGCAGAUGCCAGGGCGUAUAACAAGCCCAAACCUGUCAACAUUGGCAACUCUGAAACCCUCCCUGAUUUAUUGGAGGUGUCGUCAGGCUCUGGGUCCGGCCUGCCUCUUCUGGUCCAGCGCACCAUAGCCAAGCAAAUCAACCUAGUGCACAGCGUGGGCAAGGGCCGCUACGGGGAGGUGUGGCUCGGCCGGUGGCGUGGGGAGAAGGUUGCUGUCAAGAUUUUCUUCACCACUGAUGAAGCUUCCUGGUUCAGAGAAACAGAAAUAUAUCAAACAGUUCUAUUGAGACAUGAAAAUAUAUUGUGUUACAUAGCUGCAGAUAUCAAGGGGACAGGCUCCAUGACACAGAUGCUGCUCAUCACUGACUACCACCCUCUAGGCUCCCUCUAUGACUACCUACAAAAGACCACUCUCAACUACUACUCAAUGGUCCGGCUCAGUCUCUCCAUAGCGUGUGGCCUCUGUCACCUACACACGGAAAUAUUUGGGACAAAAGGGAAGCCGGCCAUAGCACACAGAGACAUCAAGUCUAAAAACAUUCUUGUUAAAAGGAAUGGUGAAUGCUGCAUAGCAGACUUUGGUCUUGCUGUCAAGUAUGUGAGUGAAAACAAUGAGCUAGACUUUGGCACCAAUCCUAAGGUUGGCACCAGGCGGUACAUGGCUCCAGAGGUCCUGAAUGACACCCUGAACAUGAGCUGUUUUGAGUCUCUCAAAAUGGCAGACAUGUAUUCAUUUGGCUUAGUCCUGUGGGAAAUUGCAAGGAGAUGUGCCAGUGAGAGUGGAAGCAAAUAUUUAUUGGUGGAUGAGUACCAGCUGCCUUAUGGUGACCUUGUGCCACCUGACCCAUCCUUUGAUGACAUGCAUGAAGUGGUGUGCAAGAGGGGCUUGAGACCGGACAUACCCCUGCGGUGGAGCUGCAAUGAGGUAUUCAAGACCAUGAGCAAAGUGACGCAGGAGUGCUGGCAUGCCAUCCCUGCUGCCCGCCUCACAGCGCUUAGGGUGAAGAAGACGCUAUACAGACUACACGUUCCUGAUGGCACCAAGAUUGUCUAGUUCAAACAGUAUCUUUGUAAGGUAUAGCUCAAGACAGAAAAGACUUGAGCAGUUAAAAAAAAAGCACUGCACUCUAAAUGGAGUCUGGUGAAGAUGUGUGCAGCCUGUGUUCACAUUAAAAUGUGGAGGGAUUUCUCCAAGACAGUUUAGCUCAUGUGAGACAAAGGGAGAUAACCAAGGGAAGUGGAGUGGUGAGGUGAGGUGUUGCCCUACAGACUUCCUGCUGGUCCCCAUGGCUGGACUGGACACAAGUGCCUGAUGUGUGCGUGUUGUGUGUGUGUGUGUGACAGUAGAAUGAACCUAACAAAAUGGAAUGCAUUAUAAUACUUUUGUAGAGUAGGGCAUUUCAGUGGAUUAGAAAACAUUCUAUGGUUUUUAAAUGAAUGUCUUCAGGUGUGAUGAGGCAGGUGUAAUGGACAGCAUGACAAGCACUAGUUAAACCUUCUUACUUGUAACUUGAUGAUGCCAAUUCUUGCUGCAUCGCGACACUGGUUGUCCUAAUGACUGCUGCCAUUUCCACCGGCAUUGUUACAUCUCGGCCGUCACAAUGAAUGCUGACCACCACAUCCACUAUAAUUGUUCGGGUGUCUAGUGCUUUUCCCAACAAGUCAUAUGAAAUGUGCCAUUGGUUUAUUAGGUAUAUUUGUAGCAAUAUUAUGUACUAUCUAAUUUAGCCAUAUCAAUUACAGUCUUCCUCAUCUAUUGGUUAGUGUUUUAAAAUGUUGAAUAUGUGAUAUAUUACCAGUAUGUUUAAUUUUCAGCUAAAUUUGCCUGAUUGUAAAGUGAGCUUUACAGAGGAGUAUUAUUGGUUUCCUGCAAGUUAUCACCUUUUCAGUAUGGAAUAUUUUCAUUAUGUAGAUCAGAAAUUAACCACUAGGGCCAAUAACUGAAGCACAACCAUAAGGAGACGGUUCGGUGUGACUCCCCACCUGGUUCACAGACGACGCAGCGCCUGAAGGAGUGAGUGCUGAGCAAUAUGCUGUUGCUUAUGGACUCUUGAACAAAUGGAUGAAAAAUAGUACCUGCUGUGGAUAAAAUGAUGAUUAAAAGAUGCAUCAUAGUGUUUCUCAUAGGAGUUGAGUUUCAAAAUUGUGCUUCAUACAUGUUCAAGGGGCAACCUUGGGCGUGGUGGGCAAGGGGUGCCAAAACAUUACUUGUGUUGAGCCCCAGCUAUUAAUGUGCCUUGUUUCUAUUUCAUAACGUCACUGGGUCAUUUAUAAUCUUAUCUUGUGUUCUCUUGGUAAUGAUAUUCUCAAUGACUUCAAAUUUUUUUUUCUUCUGGUUAAACUGGAAAAAAAAAAGUUAAAGGUUUUGUCAUAUUUUAUCAUUUUCUUGGUUUUGGAGAACUAAUUUGUAUUCAGUUCCUUGUAACAAGAUAAAGAAUAACAGGUACUUGGAUAUGUUUGCUGGCUGCUUCUUAAACCUCAUACAUCGUCACUUUGGUAACUGUCGGUGAGGACUUGAGGAAGCCAUUACUGUAGCAUCUAAGAUCUUGUAUUUAGUAUUUAAUUUUGCAGUUUAGUCUGAAGCUGGGACACUUAGUUUUAUUACAGUAAUAAUGAAGUUUGAGCUUGCUGUGGGAGAAUUUCAUAAAUGUGAACACAAAGAAGAAAGAUGUUGUUAUGUGUUCACAGUCCAUAUACACUUGGUAACAGCUUUCCUUCAUCACUGUCCCUGUGUUAUGAUGUACUGCUGUUCUCUGCGUCCUUCACUGUCACAUAUACUCAGAUGCCUGUCUGUGAACACGCAUUGUCUUAGUUUGCAGGUUGACCUUCAGGUAUUUCUAUGAUUCUGUGGAACUAAUGUUAAUGCAUAUCAUUUUCAUAAUCAUUUUUUAUUUCAUGACUAAGGCUGUAUAUUUAAGUGUCAAACAUCUUGAUUUAGCACCUGUUAUCCAGCAAUUGUAAUGUAACUGUUUCAAUUUUGAGAUGUAUUUCUCCACUAUUUUCAGUGUACCUCAUGAUGGGCUUGUUCACCAAUGCCUCAGGUGUGUGAUGACAUUCAGGUGUGCUGAAGAGUGGCAUGUGGUUUGUGCCUGUAGUGAAAAUCUAAACUUGUUUGAUUUCCUACUUGACACGAAUUAUGCAACAUGACCAGCUGACAGCAGGCAACUUUUACAGGGCCUUGUAAACUGUUUUUUCAAAAAGAAUUUUCAGACUAAAACUUUAUAUUGGUAAUCUUAUAACAAAAUUACAUAAAGUUCUUGCGGCCACAAAAUUUGCCUCAUGGAUGCCAACAGAUGACUGGAGCAGAAAUGGACAGGUUCAGUAAUAUCAGUUAUGUUAUCAAGUUAUGUUUUAUGAAACAGGUGAGUAGUGAGCUUAACCAUAUUGUAUGAAUUUGUACUUGCAAAGUUUAUCCAUUGUUUCUUUACUUGUGUGUCUGUGGUGUGUGUGCCAUAGCUUCUUAUUUGCCAAACUUUGUGCCAGCAAAGGAGUGUCUGAGUUAAUGUUACGUUUGUUGUGUUAUGGUAAAGAGUACUAUUACUGAUUGAAUUUUAACAGGGUUUCUACAGCACUAUUCCUAUUCAUUAGUAGAUUUAUGUUACUGAUUUUGAAGUGAUUGCUUGCCCAUGUCUGGCAGCUCAUCAUUUCUGUAAUAACCUAAGCCCUCAAUUCAUCUAUUAUGCAACAGACUCACAAAGCACAUGUAUUAAGAUCCAUUGAUACACAGCAGAGUUAAACAGUGGUCUGGAAAUUAUUUGAAACAGGAUCAAAUAUUUACACCCAAGAUACAGGUUUAUACUAGUUUGUGAAGGCCUUAUUUCUGAACAUUUUCACUUCAUUUAUCCAGGUACUUAUCCUCAUCACAACAUCAGCUGUUACAACAAAUAUCACCGUUGUUGAGUUUUUCACUAGAAGGUUUUGCACUGCCAGCAUCAUCAUCAUCAUCAUCAUCAUAUAAGCCACUUCUCUCUUGGAAAGCCACGUAAGGGGAGGGCAUGGCAGAAACAUCCUUAGAAAAUCCUGCCCAUUUAUAACUUAGUGUGAGUCUAUCCCAGUUCGCACCAAGAGUUGGGUUUAAUUGGUCGUAAUUUCCAGGAUUUUAUUUUAUUUUUAUCCCCUUCCUGUUAUAGCUCUCUCUCUCUCUCUCUCUCUCUCUCUCUCUCUCUCUCUCUCUCUCUCUCUCUCUCUCUCUCUCUCUCUCUCUCUCUCUCUCUCUCUCUCUCUCUCUCUCUCUCUCUCUCUCUCUGUAUUUAUAUAUAUAACAGUAUAUAUUGGGAGUCAGGUUUAGACAGUUGUAAUUUAAAGUUACAGUUUCCUGGACAUGUUUUGAUCCCCAUAACCCUUAGCCCUUCAUCUCAGUGUGGUAAUCUUCAUAACCGUUCCCCCUUCGACUUUCCUUAAUGUCACAUUAUAUUGUGUCCAGAGCUUUCUUGACUCAUUAACUUGUAAUUCCCAUAAGCACAAAGCCUUUAUGAAUUAAAGUAUACCUGUAUGGUUUUUUUUUACAAGUUAAAGGUGUGGAAAAUUGUAUAGUAUUUGAAGUCUCAGGCAGGGAGUAAGAUGCACUAACAAAUAAGGUGAAUUAAGAGUAGCAAUUGAAAUAAAUAACAAAGGAAGAGCAUAUGAUGGAGAUUCAGUGUUGAAGGUGGAGUUGGUGUAUUGGCUGUACUAGGUUGCACACUAUGGUUUUUGUUACUUACACAGCUCAAAAUCACACAUGUACAAUCAGUCAUAAGUUGGUGAAUGUGCCACACUCAUUACCAAUGUGAUUAGUAUUUUCAUUCAGUCUUAGAUCCUCAGUUCUGGUGGAAAUCUGUCCGUUGUCAGGUUUUGUAAGACUAUCUGUAGACAAGAGUUCUUAAGACUGAGGGAAGGCACUAAACAUAGGAGUGUGGAAGGUUACACAACUAAUGUCCAUGACUGUGCAUACAGACAUGUGUUUGACUUGCUUAGUGGGCCACAUUGUUAUAACUGGAAACUUAAUUAUCAGCAACAGGGAAUGAACAUGUCUUUUUACAUGUAUAUGUACAGUACUUUGAUACCCUCUGUAGUAUAACUUUGUACAUAAUCAUCAGAGAUUUAACUGUAAAUAUUAUAUGUCAUGAUACUGAUUUCUGACAUUGUAAACAGCAUAUUUACUAAUGCUUUUUUUAACAGAUUUUACAAGGGCUUUUCCUCAGUGUACAGAGAUAUAUGAUAUGCAUUACCACAUUGUGACAAACUGAAAGAUGUCCAAGUGUUUCUUGCCAGAUUGUGUUCAGUGUGUUGUAUUAUGCUUUGUUGAAGUGUGAGCGGUGAGAUGUGAGGUAGCCAAGCUUGUAUCAGUUGGGUUCAUGGGAUGGGUCUCCAAUGCGACGAGCAAAGUGGUAUGCAACUAUUAUUUUUGUCAAGACUGGGCCAUGUAGAGUAGAACGCAACACAGGGUUUCUAUGCUUAAUGGUUCACUGGCACUCUUUUCGUCAGACAGUAAUGGAUUCCCAGUGCCUUGCAAAGCCAGCUUUGGUUAAAAGUUUGGAAUGCAGCACCUGACGAAGACAAUGUAGUGACCAAGCAUAAUCUACAUUGCUUAUUUAUGCAUAGACUAUAACAUUUAGUUAAGAGAAUGGAUCAUUUCAACACUAAUUACCUUCUAUCCUCAUUCGUUCUUUGGCUGGGUAGUGUCGGGGGUGUGAGUGAGUGGGUUACCUCAGCUCAGUCAAACCUCAGUACAAAGUCUCUUCAACUCUCUUUGUUGACAUUGCUUUGGUGGAAAAGAUGAACUAAGACCAUUCAGGCAAAGGAUGUUCAUUUGGAUACUUAAGAAUCAAAAAGGGGUGACACUUCCAUAGAGGACGAUGAGCCAAGAACAAGGAAUGCGACUCAUCAGUUUUCAUAUUCAAUGCGUCUUUCACAUUUUUAUUCUUACGCUGCUAUCACCUUGAUUUGACCAUAAGUGCCAUAUUUUUGUAAGUUUAGCUAAGUUGUCCAAGUCAUUCGUCAUAUCUCAUUAUCGCUAGUGUCUUGUUUCACAGUUUGCUUUCCAGUCGAGCAUAGAAUGUGUGGGCUACCAGAGUGUCUCAUUUGUAUGGCUUUCUCGUACAGGUAACAUUAUAUCAGAUGAGCUGCAGACUGACCUCGACAUAUAUCAAGACUAGCUCUAGAAAGUUGUGUUUCAUUUUAUAAUAGUGCCUUGAGUAUGUCACCAUUAUUUUGUAACCUCUUUUAAGGCUGCUUCUGUUAUGAAAUAUAAGAAUGUUAAGCUUCUUUACAAGUUAAGAAAUACUUUCCUGCAGGCAGCAUAUCUCCAUCACUUUACAUAGAUUACUUUGUUGCAUGAAGUUACCAAGGAAUGAGAGACAAGUCAGUGUUGGGACGUCACUCGGCACCUGAGGCGGCCCGUCUGUUAGUGUCUACUAGUGGCCAGUCCCAUUUGUUGGGGUCAGGUCACUUGCUGGUUGCAGUUUUCAAUUUGCUUAACAUAUCAGUUUCUUCAUGAAAAUCUAUUUUCAUUCAAUUAUCAAAGAAGUUAAUUUUAUAAGCUUAAUUUUGAACUUUAGCUAAUUAUAAACUAUGUUUGUAUAAAUUACUGUAUGAAAAUGUUAUAUUUCAGAUCAUACUCAUGAAGGCUAUAAUUUUUAUAUUAAUAAAAAUUUUACUGGAA